AUGUACAAUCAUGAUCUCGAACUGAGAGUUUCCAAGGCUGGGGUAAACUUGCUGUUAACUAAGUGGAUGAAAGAUUUGGAGAGGAUAUUUUAUGGAAACAUUGUUGCUUAUGAUGCCUCUAUGCUUCCUGAAGGAAAGCAGGAUCAGUUACAAAGUGUUAUUUGGAGGAAUGUUUUCUCUGAUGAUGGUUCAUCAAAACCAAGUGAUGCAGCUUUACCCCUUGUCCAGGCCAUGUCAAGAUAUGUACGCCGGGAAACUAGUUGUUUUUCAUUAACAGACAAAGAAGCCAUAUUUACGGGUAACUUUAUGUUCACACGAUUGGAGAAUACGGGAGCUGAUUCAGUGAAAAGGUAG